AUGUCUACCUCCUUUUAUGAAUUAGAAUGUCAAGACAAAAAAGGCGAAAUUUUCAAAUUCGACCAACUAAAGGGCAAAGUGGUGCUAAUAGUUAACGUUGCGUCCAAAUGCGGGUUUACUCCACAAUAUAAAGACUUGGAGGCACUAUAUCAAAAAUAUCAAGGAAAAGGGUUCAUUAUUUUGGGCUUCCCAUGUAAUCAGUUCGGGAAGCAAGAACCGGGUUCGGAUGAACAAAUCACUGAAUUUUGUCAAUUGAACUACGGCGUCACGUUCCCCAUUAUGAAAAAAAUCGAAGUAAAUGGAAGCAAUGCCGAUCCUGUCUAUAAUUACUUGAAAAGCCAAAAAUCAGGUUUAUUAGGCUUCAAAGGUAUUAAAUGGAAUUUUGAAAAAUUCUUGGUGGAUCGAAACGGCAACGUUGUUCAGAGAUAUUCUUCCCUAACGAAACCAUCGUCUUUAGACCAAGAAAUUCAGAGUCUUUUGAGUAAAUGA